AUGGUAUCUACAUUUUGGCCAGCUUUCAAGAAGCUGUAUUGUACUAUUCCCGUGCUGCACCAUCAAGAAGUAGUCAUCACCUUGUUUUGGGGGGAGUCGGGCUUUGACAAGUCUCGCAGUGAUACCCUAGGAGGCCUCCGUUCAGCAUAUCUGGUCUGGUUGUCCCAGUAGGUCCUCUUUCCAUCAGAGGCAACGAUUCGAUCCAGAAAACGGCACGCAAACGCGAGAAAUGUAAUGCUUCCACUCUUUGCUUUGAUCCAAUAAAAUGGGAAAAAUUUGCCGAGCAUUUUUUGAAUUCCAUCGACAUCGAAUGGUUAGCCGCCGAUUAUUUCAACAGCCAGACGACGUCAGAGACGCGUUGAAUGUUGAUUCUAGGAUGUUCGCCAACCGACGACCUCAGGGUAAAUUGAUAAAGUUCGGAUUCCGUACUUUAUCUUUGGGUCCCUUGCCGUCAAAUCGUAAUUUUUAAAUCCAUCGUUUCACCGUGUUCAAACUCAGAACACACUAGUCGAACACAGCGUUGAUACUUUGCGUAGCUUCGGAAACUUUCGCGUCCUGUUUUUGCCCGUAAAAGAUGACAGCACGAACCGACUUUUUUUUGAUAAUCUUCGAUUAGGGCUAAAUUACUGGAAUUUGGUCCCAAUAUGACAAACGAUACAUCAAACGAAAGCCUGAAAUCUCGGCUACAAAAUGUUGUAAUAUUUCAAAAUUCCAUCAUCGGUUGCCUUUUUUAGAGGCUUUAAACUUUUCCCCUCUCACAGAGGGUCAUUAUUUGUUGGACAACCUAAUAGAACAAAAAUGUCUCCCGCCCACUUUUGAAUUUCGUCCAAACGAAGUGUCAAAAUUGACAAAAGAAAUAAAAUAAUUCCGAGAAAAAUAUUUUUCGGUCGGAAAACCACACGAAAAUUCAUUUUUGACAUUUCGUUUGAAUUCAACCGAUACUAGGUGGGCGAAGCGCCGAAACGAGGCGGGAGACUCCCUGGGUUGCCGUGCGCUGUUAUGUAAUCAGCGUUAUCGGGUAAUAAAAUCGGACCCAGCUGAUAAUUUAUUUCCGCGAUGCGCUUGGUUUUUCAAUUACAGAAGAAGUGUUCGGGUAAGGGGUUUUGCUCUUGAUUUUUUAAAGUUUGUUGAAAAUGACCGUUUAUUAGAAAGGUAGUGCAAAUUAAAGGUGGCAAUCGUGCCAUACAAAAGCAAUUAGGCCGAUGCAGGGCUUUUUGAAACUUUCGCCAGGGCCGGGUUUUCAAUCCACAGGGUAAAGAAACUUUUCUCAAAAAACCCAUUUUUUCAGACGCGUCUAGACGUCAGAAACUGCUCUUCUUUUUGGCGCUAAUUCUCAGGGACCAAUUUGACAACCCCAAUCUCUCAUACAUUUAGUGGAAAAUCUGUAUAAAAAUUGAAUUUUUGCUCAUUUAGGGUCAUUUUAAUUCUAGGGUGAGGUUGUGUGGCCGCUCUCUGAGAGCUCUGAAAAUUCGAAAUUUCCAUGAUUCCAAACUUCGAUUAUGCAAAUUUCCAAAAAAUUCAAACUCUUGAGAAAUUUUUUUUGCAGAUUUUGCACUAAAUGUAUGAGAGAUUGGGAUUGCCAAAUUGGCCCCAGCUAGCAAAAUGAAUUUGUAUAAAACCAACAGUCGCGAAGAAGAUAAUGUGGUAAACUCGCAUACAAAUACUAUGUAUUUACAUUCCGGAUGCAAAAAAACAUGAUCCCUUUCGGACCAAAAGGAUCGUUUACUGAGAAGCUGCGAAAGGAUUCAUGUUCUUGCAUUCCAUGACGCAUUUCGGAUACGUUUUUUGCUACAUACAUAUACCAUCUUAAUAGGACUGAAAUUGAAGUGCACUCGCUACGUAAAUCUUGUGCUUUCACAUGAAACUCCUCUCAAAAUAGCACUCCAAUACUCUUAAUCCUCUACGUUUUGUAUUAGUUCGCUACAAGUCGCAUGUGUAGAAACGCCAAAACCCCACUCCGUACUUUUGCUUUGUUUACGGCCCCGCACGGGCUGAGUGUUAAUCCGGAAGCGGCCAAGAUGUCCAAUUAGUCGUUCAGGGCCGGAUAUAUUCAUCCAGAUUUGGCUUAAGGCUGUAACACGCUAUGUUUUUUCGAGUGUCUCUACUUGAUAUAACUGUUGUUUUCUAGAGUCAUAUACUGUUAAACUUGCCUUUUUAACGUCAAAUUUGCAUAUGUUUUAGGGAAAAUAUGGGUAUGGAUUUCUGUGGAAAGACAAUCUUCCCUAAAUACGUCUAUGUGGAUGGGGAAUUCAAGGAGAAUAUUGCAAUUUCUACCGACGAAAAGGGGAAAAUCACUAAAAUCGUGCCAGUCUCAGAAGCAGAGCACCCGAUUAUUGAGCUUCCGGAGUUGGUAAGUGAGAUUUUGAAAGUUUGGGUGACGAUUUUGAAAGACCCAGGCAAUGGCUGGAAAGUUAUGGUUCCAAAAUUUAAGGCUAAUGCAGCUAUCUUGCAAAACAAUUAUUUCUAAGCAUGUAGAAUUUCACCAAAAUUUUUUACCGUUAUUUUUGGUAUAACAGAUCAAAACAUUUUUUGUGACAUUUUGUUCUCCAGCCUUCAAAAGUAUCUCUACUAUCUCUUUAAACUAAUUUUGACAAUAAACCUAUGCUUUCAGUGUAUUCUCCCUGGAUUUGUUUCCGCCCAUUCUCACGCAUUUCAACGUGAGCUUCGAGGCCGAAGCGGGAUUGGUGCGGUUGGGACACAGAACUUCUGGCGUUGGCGUGAUGACAUGUACAAAUUGGUGGAGGAGGCAGAUUAUGACAAAAUGGUGAAGGUAAACACUUUUUUGAUUGUGCGGGGUUUAGAACAAACAUAAAUUGGAAUUCUGGAGCCACUAGAAUCCAUCGGAAUUCUGGAGCCAUUAGCUAGCUAUGUGGCCUACAUAGAACUUGCAGUCAAAGUUCAAAGAUUCCAUAAACCACCUAAAAUUAUAUAUUAUCUCUCCCUGCUUUCAGUACACCACCAAAACCUUCAACGAGAUGCUUCUGGCUGGAAUUACGACCGUCGGAGAAUUCCAUUACGUUCACCACGGCACAACACCUUUUGAUCUUGAUCUGGCCAUAAUCAAAGCAGCAAAGCGAACCGGAAUCCGACUAUGUCUCAUUGAAACUUUAUACUCACGCGCUGGUUUCAAAGAACACGAUGUGAAUGAUCAACAGAAACGUUUCAAAACAAGUGUUGACGAUCUAACCGCGCAAGUCAUCAAAAUGGGCGAGAAUUUAUCGGAAAGCGUUACGCUCGCUGUAGCGGCACACUCACUUCGAGCUGUUCCACUGGAUCAAUUACAUCGACUGCAUGCGUUUGCCGUAGAAAAAAGCAUCCCAUUUCACAUUCAUAUCGAGGAACAACCGAAGGAAAUUCAAGAUUGUCAAAGCGCUCAUAAUUGCACACCGAGUGAGCUGCUGUUAGCCACACUGCCAGGACUCGAUCCAUGUGUAACAUUGGUCCAUUGCACCUACACUGAUCGGUAGGCAAAAUUAACGGAGCUUUCGACAGCUUGCUGACUUACUCUCAUGUGGUGUUGCGAGAGAAAUUCUGAGGAUUUUUUCACCCUUACAAACCAACAUUGUGCAGCUAACUUUAACAUAUUUUGAAUCAGCAAAAUUUUUUUUGUUAUACCUGUAGCUCCAUACCCCCAUACAAGUACUUUCCUUAUCAAAUCUUUUUUCCCUUCACAUUCGUGAUUUAUAAAAUCGAUUUUCUUCAGAAAAUCCCUGAACGAGUAUGCCCGACGAGGAGUCAACGUCUGUGUCACUCCAACGACCGAAGGAUUCUUGGGCGACGGAGUCCCGACCUUGGCGGAAUUCGACCACAUCUCGCUUGGAACGGACUGCAACAAUCGGCUCUGCUUUUUGGAGGAAAUGCGAUGGCUGGCAUUUUGUCAAAACGUAAGAGAAAAUUCGGGGCUUUGGUAGUUCAGCCCCCCACGAAAGGUAGCUAGCUUUAGCUCAAACCCCACUGUUUUGCCCAUUUCACAACCCCCAUAAUGGAAAAAUUAGAAUAUAAUACAAAAAAUGCAAAUUAGAGUAAGAUGUUAAUUCUGAAACGAUUCAUUCAUUCUCCUUGUUCUUCUCCUUCGAAGCUGGUUGUCAUGUCGGAAAAAUCCACGUUGGAGGGCUUGAUCUAAGACGUAGGGGGCUUGCCCUAAAACGUUCCUUCUCAUCAAGCUUUCAUUGACGCUUUCUGGAGCACUGUUGCUGGAUUAUACAACUUGGAAUAAUUUUAUGAAACAAAUUUUGGGGUUCAGAAUGGACGAGGGGUGUUUGUACUGGGUCAUGGGGGGCUGAACUGGACUUUGGGUUGUACUACCUUAGCCCAGAAAAUUCACAAUACAGCAAAUCUUCAAUUUUAGACCAAGACGAACACAAGAAACCACGCCGAGUUUGACGCCAAAAAACUGAUAAAAUGCGCCACGGAGAACGGCGCCAGAUCGCUGAGACUCCACGAAAAGGUUGGCCAACUCCAAACCGGGUUCUUUUUGGACUUUGUCGCUUUCAAUCUCAACUCUCCGAGGCUCAAAGAUAUCCCAGCUUCGGACUUGGCAGAUGCCAUUGUUUUUGGCGCCGGAAAUUCGGAUAUCGCCAUAGUUGUUGUAGGUGGUGUGGAGAGGGGGCAGUUCUGA